AGUCACUCCUGUGCUAAUCAGAGAAAAAAAUUCGAUGUUCACAUCAAUCGUUCUUAUCGCGAUCUGCCUACUUAACAAUGGAUUAGCGGCAGAUCGGAAUUACCGAUAUCGGCAAUUUGAUGAUGAGAUAGAGAAUCUUCGGGAAGAAUUUUACCAAGAGCAUCUCAAAUUCAUGGAAAAUGGCGUUCAUUCAGCGCGUCUCUUGGAACUUUAUGACGAACUAAAACCACCCUCGGAUUUCAUGCGAAUGAAUUUGGAAGACAUUCCCCAACCAAAAAUCGAUUUGGCAUGUUACGGAUGUCGAAUUGCUGCUCCAACACUUUUCAAUUAUCGCCGCGUGUUGCACAUGUCGGACGAGUAUAUCGAAAGAGCUGCCAUCGAUAUUUGCGUCAAUGCGAGAAUUACGUCAAAAGCAGCUUGCGAAGGCCUGAUUCGGAUUAAUUUGGAAUCACUUUUGUUUGUGAUCGAUAAUCAACCGAAGCUGACAGCAAGUACUUUUUGCGCGUUUGCCUUUCAUGGAUCUUGCGGAAGAAUUACCGAACCGGAGUUUUUGUAUCAUAUCACAGUUGAUCCAAAUUAUCCUGUGUGGAAUGAAAGUCAAGUUAGUGUGAAGAAAGAACCAGAAACUUUCAAAAUAGUUCAUAUUACGGAUGUUCAUUACGAUCCGCGAUAUGUGGUUGGAAAUAACGCAAAAUGUGACGAUCCAACAUGUUGCCGCCAAUCUCACGGAAAACCACAAAACGCUGCUGAUGGAGCAGGACGAUGGGGAAGUUACGAUUGCGAUGUUCCAUGGGAGUCUGUUGAAGAUUUAGUUCAACACAUAAAAACUGAACAUUCUGAUGCUGAAAUCAUUUAUUACACAGGCGAUACUGUCGAUCACGGAAUUUGGGAGACAUCAUUCGACUUCAAUGUUGACGUGUUACGCAAAUUUGACGAUUAUAUGGCCUCCGAGUUUAAGGGAAAGCAAGUUUUUCCUAUUUUGGGAAAUCAUGAAGCGCAUCCCGUUGAUAUAUUUUCUCCCGAAGAAAUCACAAAAGAAAGUCUCUCAAUGAAUUAUUUGUACGAAUAUAUCGCGAAAGCAUGGCGUCAAUUCCUUCCCCAAAGCACUGAAUUGACUCUCAAACGCGGCGGUUAUUACACAACUCUCGUUCGUCCUGGAUUUCGUGUCAUCGGACUCAAUAACAACGUUUGUUACAACGUCAAUUGGUGGGUCAUGUAUCACCCGAAAGAGCAUACCGUUCAAUUAAAUUGGCUGCAUGACGUGUUAUUGGCUGCUGAAAAGGCUGGCGAAAAAGUUCACAUCUUGUUGCAUCAACCGCCAGGCGGCACAAGUUGUUAUUACGUGUGGGCACGUGAAUAUCAGAAACUCAUCGAUCGCUUUUAUCACAUCAUCACCGGGCAGUUCAACGGACAUACGCAUCGCGAAGAGUUCAAUGUCUUCUACAAAAGUGACGAUAUCUCGAAAGCCAUCAAUGUGGCAUGGAAUGGAGGCAGUCACGUUACUUACACGAACGUUAAUCCCAAUUAUCGCGUUUAUCACGUCGAUAAAGAGACACUCCAAAUUGUCGAGGCAGUCACCUACUUUUACAACUUAACGGAUGCAAAUCAAGCGAAUUCAGUCCCGCACUGGCAGAAAAUGUAUUCCUUCAAAGAGGAAUAUGGCGUCGAAGAUUUGUCCCCGCGGAGUGUUGAUGCUCUUGUAACUCGUUUUGCCAAAGAAAAAGACUUGCUGAUGAAAUAUUGGGAAUACCGGUACAAAUUAGCUGAGCCAGCAUUAGAAAAUGGCUGCAAUAAAAACUGUUUGAAGGAAAAUUUGUGCACAAUUGUCACGAAUCAAGUGUUUGACGACAGAAAAUGCAACGAGCUCAAAAAAUUAUUCAAUAAGCAUAAUUAGAAUUAAAGGCAAAAAAGAUUGGAAAACAAUUGUUCUAACUUUUCAUGUCAUUUCCAUUCCAUUUGCGAACAGAGAAAAAACGAGGAAAAACAAAACAACAGAAGUUAACAAUUUAAUGUUGUUUGCGUCGUCUACCAUAUUCCAAUGGUCGGUCACAAAACACAAAAAAGUAAAGUACAAACAAUCAAGUCUCAAAACUAAAUAAAUAUCAAAUGAAAUGAA